AGUUAAAUAAUGGCUGGUCCAUUUAUAUCGCCGUUACCGGGCGAUCUCCUUACGGAGUACAUGUUCGGCCGUAGAAGACAGCGCCGAAAUCGCACCACGUUCACGCCACAGCAGCUACAGGAACUGGAGGCACUAUUCCAGAAGACCCACUAUCCGGAUGUCUUCCUGCGCGAGGAAGUCGCGCUGCGCAUCAGCCUCAGCGAGGCUCGCGUCCAGGUAUGGUUUCAGAAUCGUCGCGCCAAGUGGCGCAAGCAGGCGCGUCUGCAGCUGUUGCAAGAUGCCUGGCGGAUGCGUUGCCUCAGUUUGGGCACGCCCCCGGUUAUAGCCGGCUCAGGGGCGAAUCGACAGCCGAAUGGAACAACUGGCACUGGCAGCAAUCAAAUGCCGGAGAAUCUAUCGGCGGGCAGUGCAACCGCUGGGAAGGAUUCACUGGGCAAUGAGGCGGGCGUUGGGGAUGUGCCACUGGGCAAUGGACAAAGUCCUGCCAAUUUCACAAUGAUGCAUCCAGCUUUCCAGCAACAACAACAGCCGCCGCAUUUGCAGUCGGGACAUGAUAAGCUAUCGAAAACCUACACAGAACUGAAGCUCUACAAGGAGACGACGGCACAUGGCGUUUCACAAUUGGAUUUGGGCGGCAUGUCUGCCUUGGCCCCCAACUCUGAUGAGGGCUCCGAUGGAUCUGAUUCCGAGGAAAUCGAUCUUACCUCGGGUGCCUGCAUAGAUUUUUCACACAGCACCAAAUUGCAACAGCAGCAGCAGCAGCAACAACAACAACAGGCGGCAGCUUUGGCUGCCACACAAUCGCAGAGCUCAAAUGGCGUGCACUAGACCUAAGAUGUGCAUUUCUGUUCACAUUAUUCCUUUAAUUUGAUUUAGAAAUACAAAUGCAAUUUAAACAAAAUCUAAA